AUGAGGAGACCAGAGUUGUUUGCCUACAUCGAUACACUUUCGCUAGAGGGGCACGACCAUUACAGUCUUGAGCCUAUUCCUCUGCAGGAUUCGCAAGUCGCCGACGCAUUCUGGGACUUCGCGCCGAUCAUAAGAACAUUCAAUGUGCCGUUUAUCAAUCAGUGGGUGCAGGAGCUGUGGGCAGGCAGUAUGGGCGCGUUUGCUGCCUUAUUGCUUGCCCGUCUCUCCUGGGCGACCCAUCUCACCAUCACUUACAACUUUGUCCGAAAGACGGACCUGAUCGGAAAGGUUCUCCAGGCGAAAGUACUCGGCCGGCUCCCCAGAUUCCAGCGGCUUGAACAUAUGGUCUAUGUACAUGGUGUGGAGUACUUCGUGAACUCUCCAGAACAAAGGUCCAAGGAUGGGAUGGCUCUCUUUUACCUGCCCAUGGUCACAAACCUAGCCGUCUGGGUGAGGAACCCUGCGGUUUUCCGCUGGCCGGAUGGGAAGCCUAAUCUAGACCGCCUGACAUCACUUGAUAUUGAAGGCUGCUGCCCAACCUUUGUGGCCAAAAUACUGGCUCUCACACCUAAUCUGAGGUCACUUGCUUGGGCAUGGCACUAUUCAUACAACACUGGCGAUCCAUGGAUCACGAGAAGCCUAAACUUGGAGGAAAUCAUCACGACACUGUCGCCUGUCCGGGAGACCUUGAAGAGGUUCCAGUUCCGGAUAUGCAUCGUCAGCGGCUACUCGUCCGAGUUUGACCCGACGAUAUGCGUCUCGGGAUCUUUCGAGGGCCUCGUCCAUUUUGACCGGAUAACCCACCUCGAUGUGCCGUUGGUGUGCCUUGCGGGUUUUGGACCGGGGCCUGAGUCGCUGAGCCGCCAUGUCCCUCGCAGCGUCGAGGCGCUUUCUCUCUCGACCGCGAUGCUGUUUGAUAAGGCGCUGCCCUGGAUGCAAGAUGAAGAUGAGGAGUGGCCGGACCAGGAGGUCAUGGACCUGCUCCUGGACUUGGACAGAAGCUAUCAUGCCAGGCUACCGCGGCUGCGGCACAUCAGUAUUACUGAUGAGAUUGAUAGCUUGGACAUCAAUGGCCUCGAUCAUAUGUUGGAGGAGACACCUAUGAGUGUAAAUGUUGAUAUUAUUCGGAGGAACUUACGGCAUUGGCACGACUGGCUUUAG